GUAGCUCUUAACUUGCAUAUACCUGUCUAGCUUUCCUCGGUCACGUUCUCUCGCUGUUGGGUUCCCCGAGGACUGCCUCACUUCUUCGAAUUCUGGAUUUUGCUUUGGAGACCGCAACACGUUUUCCUGACAAACCAAUGUGGAAAAACCUGCUGGAGGACCGCUGCUUCCACCAGCAAGUUUAAACCAGUGUGUCUGAGAAACUACUCACAACGGGAGUUCUGCAAUGCUCACAGCCGUCUGUGGUUCUCUUGGCAACCAGUGCUCAGAGACACCUUGUUCUUCUCCAAGCCACUUAGAGCUGCAGCCUCUGCAGACAUAUCAACCUCAUACUAGCCCAGAAAGUGGGGGAGAUUUCCCAUCCCCUCUGCAACCCACGGAACUCCAGCACUUGCCUUUGACUGCACCUGACACGGAAUACUCAGAUAACAGUGGUUACGAACUGCAUGGGUCUUCAAGGGUAGAUCUGGACAGUGAAAGCCAGCUGCCACCUGGGUCAUACUCUAAGCUUUUACAAGCAACACCGGAUAUGUCUCAGCAUUAUGAACCUUGGUUUAGACCUACACAUUCAGGCAAUCCCACUGAUGACAAUGUCAAUCCAUGGUGGGAUCUCCAUGCUGGAUCUAGCUGGAUGGAUCUUCAAAGUGGUCUCCAACCACCAGGCCACACAAGUGGGCUGCAGCCAGCAUUGGGUGGCUAUGGUUCUGCAGAACAUCAACUCUGUGGUCCACCUCAUCAUCUGCUGCCUUCAGCACCACACCUCAUGAACCAAGAAGUUAUUAAAUCCCUGGAUUCUACUCAAGAACCUCAUCCAAUGGAGCAAGCUGGGGAUAGUAGUGGAAGACCAAAAAGCUCAAGGCGUUCAGUAACCCGGAGCUCUGGCCAAGCUGCUUGUCGAUGUCCUAACUGUCAAGAAGCUGAAAGGUUGGGCCAGUGCCCUGACAAUUCCAAAAAGAAGCAUCUCCACAACUGUCAUAUUCCUGGUUGUGGCAAGGCAUAUGCCAAGACAUCCCAUUUGAAGGCUCAUUUGAGAUGGCACAGUGGCGACCGUCCCUUUGUCUGCAAUUGGUUGUUCUGUGGAAAGCGCUUCACCCGCUCUGAUGAAUUACAGAGGCAUCUUCAGACCCAUACAGGAACCAAAAAAUUUACCUGCCCAGUUUGCAACCGAGUCUUCAUGAGAAGUGAUCAUCUAAGCAAGCAUAUGAAGACACAUGAUGGUGCCAAGGAAGAAGCAGAAGGAGAGGCUAAAACUGGAACAGAAGUUCCUGCUAAAAUCAAACAGGAACCUGAGGGAAGCGCUUCAAGUGCUACUUCUCAAUCUAAUUGAGCCUUUUCUCAAGGAUGUCCAGCCCUUCCUAUCUCUCUAUAAUGGUCAAUCCUGGGUCUGUAACUUCCUACUCAUGGCUAUAGGAUCAAUCCAUCCUCUGGCAUGAACAUUAGUCUGUCCUCAAAUGCAAUGUUAUUUAUUUUGUAGGAGGAAAGGGUGAUAUUGUUGGGACAAUUUGGAAAGUCCAGGCCUUUAGCAGCUUCGGGCUGGGACUUCAUAUUGUUCUUUUGUUUAGGGAAUAUAGGAAGAUACUGUCAAAAGAAUAGUUAAGGAGGUGGGUGGGUUAAGUGGCAUCUUGAGACAGUUACAAAUGGAGGGAUGCAGUCCUUGCCUCCUUCCAUUUGAAUGUUAGGCUUCAUGUUUUUGCUAUAUACAAAAUCACAAAAACAUACAAGGGUUAUAGGGGAACCUCAUUCUUUAGUUUAAGCUCUUAGAGUUUUAGUGGUUUGGAUAUUAACCAUCCCAAGUUUGGUUCCAGUUUAGUAGAUAACAUGGUAAAUCCAGUUUAAUGCAAAACGUCAACCACACUUCAGUUUCCAUGGGGAUUUUUGGGGAAGAUCAUGAUAGAAUUCUUGGCUUGCAUCUCAGACACAGCUACCUCACUCUGUUCCCAAAGCAGUGAUCUUAGACCAUAUCCUUAACUAUGGAUACAGGUGGCUCUAAAAGUAAAUUAGCUUUUUUAUGGCAGUUGGUGACACAUAAAUUACUAUAAUAUGGAAUAACAUAAUUCAAGCUUUAAAUUUUCCUGAAGUCCCAACUGAAAUAUACAUUUAUAUAUGCCUUUGGUGCUAGUAUUUUGCUUAGGUUAUCUAUUAAAAAUAGGUUUUCUAAAAGUGUUUAUAUUUUCAACCAAACACGAAGCAUCUGGUCUCUCCAGGAGGUAUGACCAUUUCCUUUACUUAGGAGAGAAAAGAAUGAGAAGAUAAAGAAAUGUACAAAUUGAAGGAACUGGAAAAUGAUUCUUUCCUGCCUCUGAAAAAAGACAACUGAAUAUUUUUGGGAAUAGGGCAGGAUGGAAAUACCAUACUUUCUCAUAAUUAAUAUGAUGUUAAUAUCUAGAAUGCUUUCUUAUGGUUCCACAGAAAUGAGAGGAUUUCCUUAAUACAAGGGAGAAAAUCCAUUUUGUGUUGAUUGAGUAGAAAUGGCUAGCAUUUUUUCUGUAUACACACUCUGCAUUUCUCAGUCCUCCAAACCUUUUCCCCUAUUUCCCUAUCCCUUUAAAGUUUCAUUGAAGGGAAGUAUGUACUAAAGUUGUGGGUUAGAACUCAGUUUCUGAUUGCCUCAGGGCAAAUUCAGCAAUUAAGGAUGUGCUUUGUUUUGUUUUGUUUUUUGUGUUCUUACAGCAGAUGGCAAACUAGUUCAAGCACAUGAAUUGGUUAUAGUAAAUUGAGGCUAUCUUUCACUGAUGUUAAUACAGUCUUGAUUUCCAGCUGUAUAAAAAGUGAUUUAACUUUUCUCACGGUACCGAUUCACAAAUUUAACCAGGUUCUACAAUUAAAUCAGAUCUGACUUAAGAUCUAGAACAAUUUUUGUUUCAGCUGUAGCCUUUAUAUCAGACAUUAUGUGCAAUUUUAUACAAAUUGCAAUGACAAUACAUGUUGUUCAAGGAAAAUAAUAUAAGCAUU